UAUGUUUCUCAUCUUUCUAUCAUAUGCUUCUCUUCUGUUAACAUGUUGCUUUUCGCUUCAUUUUCUGCAUGCCAGGGAAUUCAAGCUUCUGCAUAAUCUCUAUUCCAAGUUGUUCAGGAUAAGUUAAGAGGAAGAAGAAGCUCCAAAGUAUAUAUAAAAAUACACAAAUGGCACCUGUUUUGCCUCCUGGUUUUAGGUUCCACCCUACCGACGAAGAACUCGUUGCUUAUUACCUUAAAAGGAAGAUCAAUGGCCGAACGAUUGAGUUGGAAAUCAUUCCAGAAGUUGAUCUCUACAAGUGUGAACCAUGGGACUUACCAGGGAAAUCAUUGUUACCGGGGAAGGAUUUGGAAUGGUAUUUCUUUAGCCCUCGUGACAGAAAAUACCCAAAUGGAUCAAGAACAAACCGUGCAACAAAAUCUGGGUAUUGGAAGGCAACAGGGAAGGAUAGAAAGGUAAAUUCGAAGGCUCGUUCUGUGGGUAUGAAGAAAACCCUAGUUUACUAUCGAGGAAGAGCACCCCAUGGCUCUCGCACAAAUUGGGUUAUGCAUGAGUAUCGUCUUGAUGAAACAGAAUGCGAAACUGCUUCAGGCUUGCAGGAUGCAUAUGCUCUUUGCCGUGUGUUGAAGAAGACUGCAGUGAUUCCUCAAAAAGUUGAGGGGCACUAUGUUAAUGUUCCCAAUGUGAAUCAGAUUACGAGCGAUCAAUCAUCAAGCAUUGAACUAUACUCAGAAGGAAGGGGCGAAGAUUUAGUAGAUAGCUCUAAUUAUUUUAUGUCUGUGGAUACUUGUUCACCCCACAAUGUUGGAACUGAGACUCCUCUCACUAUCGGUGGUGGAAUGAUAAGGGAUCAUGAAAAAUGGUCACACUUUUCAUCACAAGAUCAAAUAUUUAGUCUUCCAACUUCUUCGUAUCCUAAUUUUGGAGCCAUAGCAUACCCUCCAUCCAAGGUGGAUAUAGCCCUAGAGUGUGCAAGGAUGCAACACAGGUUUGUUAUGCCCGCUUUGGAGGUGGAUGAUUUCCCUCAAGUUGGAAUCUCAGAGCUGAAAAUGGCACAAGUAUCUAGUUCCAUGCAAGGAAGCAGAACUGAAACAGAUAUCUUACAGGAAAUUCUUUCGGUGGCUCAGGCCUCUCAGGAACUAAUAAAUCAAUCCAGCUACUCACAGGAAUGGGGUGGCAAUGAUUAUUAUGCUCCUCGUGAUGAUGAUUUUAGCUUCAUGGUUGGCACUAAUUACAAUCAUUCAAAUGAAAUAAUGAACUCAGUGAGGUAUGCUGACAAAGCAUGGGAAGAUGCAAACACAAGGACAAUAGAGAUCGGAGAUAUGGAUGAAGAAUUUAAGGCGGAGAGGAAGGUAGAGAACUUAAGAUGGGUCGGAAUGUCAAAAGAAGAUUUAGAAAAGAUGGAAGAACAAAAUAUUGUCCCAAUAGAGGAAAUUUCAAGCUUCCAAACUAUGAUGAAAGAAAAUGAGGUGCAAGAAUCUGAGCAACACAGUGACAUGGAACAUAAUAAUGACUUCUCAUUGGGUUUCAUCAACGAUGACGAAGACCCUACCGACAACUUCACAGAAGAUGGUAACAAGGAUGAUGAUUAUUCAAGUUCUCCUAGUUUUGAGGUUGUUGAGGAAAUAAAGGUUAAUCGUGGAAUGUUUGUUUCGACUCGUCAAGUGGCGGAGACAUUCUUUCAGCAAACGGUUCCUUCAAAAACAGUGCAAGUUCAGCUUAAUACAGUGAUGGCGCACAAUCAUUAUGUGGAGAAUGCAGAGGCAAUGGUGUUGAUAAUGGAGGAACAAGGGUCUUUAAGGAAGGUUAAGGCCUAUGUUAUGGGAAAGCUGAUAAAGCCAUCGAUGACAAUAGCAAGUGCGUUUGUGUUCGUCUUUGCACUGGUGUUGAUGCACUAUGCUUUUCUAAAGGGAGAAGUGAAAUUUUGGAAUGAGACAUGUUGCAGUAAUGGUGGUACCAUCAUGAAGAAAACGAGUGAAUCGUCUCAGAUAAUGAAAUGGAAUGAGUCAAAUGAUGUUUGGUUUAUUGGUAUCAAAAGUGAGAAAGGUUUAAGUGCAGUGUUGAAGAAAAUAGGCAUUUUUCUCACUGUAUCCUUCGCUCUUUGUGCCAUGUGGGUUAACCACACUUGAUCUCCAAAUAUUCUUUUAAUUUUGUCUCUAACUUAAAGAAAUUAGUUUGUGAACACUGAUUUGUGUUUCUUCCAGUAAGUUAACAUCGGAGGCUGAUGUAUACUAUUUGGUUAAGACUUAAUUGUAUUCGAUCUUAAUUACAAUUAUGAAU